AGUUGAUGAGUUCGGCUGAUACGGGUGUUUAGAUGGGGGGGAUAGUGGGGACGGUUGAGCCAGUGGGUAUAUCUGUCUGAGAGCGAAGUAUGAAUUGAGGAAGGCCAGACACGAGACAAGCUACAACAAGGUAGGAGGAUAGCUAGUAGACAGCGAAAUGCGAUGAGGAUUCAACAACCUUCCGAUGGAAUGAACAUGGAUGAAGACAGGCCAAACAGCAGCCAUCGCGCCUUCUAUUCUAUCCUCACAGCAUCCGUCUCAGGCGCGGGCAAGCCGGCGAUCAGUGCAAUCUGGGGAUUGCUGUCCUGUAUCCAUGUCCACGACAGCAAGUGGAUAGAGUCAUCUGUACCAAGGCCAAACAUUUGUACGGCGCGCAGCACAUGGUCACAAAGGCAUAAGGGGGGGAUGGAUGGCAUGUCGUCAAGCAUUGCAGCAGCUUGCUUACCGCGACACACAAAGACCAUGGACGACGGCAUACUGUUGUUACGAGUCCACACCAUCGGACAUGACAGGCGCGCGGACCUUAAGCAGCCUUCACAUUGGCGCGCAGCAAGACUAGAGGGAACGAAGUGAAAAAUGAUCAAUCAGGAGAACAAAAGCAAUGGAAGCACGACAUGGAAGGGAAUUCGCAUGGGACCAUCCAUGGGUGACGAUUAGGGCUGACUUUUGG